UUGCAGGUAGGAUCAAAUGAUAAUCGUGACAGUGCGCGCAUCGAAGUGGAGUUUGAAGAUUACGGAAGUAUCGUGGAAUUCCCAUCAUCAGAGGCAGUCAGCGAAUAUGUUAAAAAGCUGAAUUCUCAUGACUCAGGAGUCCCCAUUCCCUGCUCAUCAUUUCCACCAGGCUGUGGGUUUGAACAGUUUGUGGUUUCAUUUGCUUCUCAGAACGCCGAAAUGAUAACAGACAGCCAGAUUGAACGACUCUGGGAAGCAAGAGAGUUAAUAGCGCGAUACGGACCAAAUUUGCUUCCACUUAUUGCGCGCUCCGUGCUCAUCUGGAACAGGAGAGACGAGUUGUCACGUAUGCGCGAGCUUCUCACACGUUGGGGUAGAAUUAAGCCGGAGACUGCGCUGCAGCUGCUCGAUUUCAAAUAUGCUGAUGGAAAGGUGCGAGAAUUUGCAGUGGCUUGCUUAGAUGAAUCGCUUGACAACGACAGACUGCAUCUUUAUGUGAUGCCUUUGGUCCAGGUGAUUACCUUUCAUGGAAAUAUGUAUAGUGAAAUUGGCCAAGAAUUAACAAAAACUUAUAAACGUUUUGCGUUGUUAAUUGAAGCUUAUUGUCGAGGCAAUUACAGCCAUUUGCACUCGAUGUUGCGGCAAGUAGAUAUGGUUGCAAGAUUGACAAAUCUGAGUAAAAUCAUCAAAUCAAUGAAGGACAAAGAAUGCGCCACUAAACAUUUACAAAAAGAACUGACAUCCUAUGUGGAAAUAAUGCAGAAUAUGAUCUCGCCGCUUGACCCUUCUGAUAGUCUCGGUGCACUAAAGACUGAAAUGUGUAAAGUGAUAGGGAGCGCAAAGCAGCCACUACGACUCACUUGGACAAAUCCGGAGCCUCUCGCUCGAUUGCACAGUGAAACGCAUGAAAUUAUUUUCAAGAAUGGCGACGAUUUGCGACAAGAUAUGCUCACUCUACAAGUAAUGCGUAUAAUGGACGCACUUUGGAAAAGUCGAGAUUAUGAUUUAUGCUUGAGCAUAUAUGAAGUGCUUCCGAUGGGAAGAAAUGUUGGCAUGAUUCAUGUUGUGCAGAACUGCAAUACACUUUUCGAAAUUCAAUGUGCAGCGAAACAGCUUGGCUCAACAUUCAGCAUGGAUUGCGGAGUGAUCAACAAGUACAUUCGGAACUGCUCCGGGGACACAAAACUAUACUUGGAAGGAGUAGAUCGUUUCACUGCUUCCUGUGCAGGUUACUGUGUCGCGACUUAUGUACUGGGAAUUAAAGACAGACAUCAGGAUAAUAUUAUGCUUGCCAAAGAUGGAAGGCUAUUUCACAUUGAUUUUGGACAUUUCCUGGGACACUAUAAAAAGAAGCUAGGCAUCAACCGUGAUCGCGUGCCCUUCGUCCUCACUGAUCAUUUCCUGUGCGUCAUCGCCAAAGGAAAAGCCAAUUACCAGGAAAGUCACGAGUACAAGAAGUAA